GCCAGCCCGACCCCAUCCCCCAGGUUUUUCGGGUGGGGGAGGGGGUGCGUCUCGGCGAGUCACGAUGAUGGCGGCCACCAUCCUGUGGUGAGGUAGCGGAUUCUCUGCUGAUCUCGCAGAGCCCCUGGCGCUUCCUGCAGACUCAGUGGCUGGCGCCGGGCUCGUGAGGAAGCACGGUGGCUCGUGCUCGCGAGGAAGGCCGCAGUCGCGGAGGCAGCGGCGCGGCCCGGGGCCAGGGCUGGGGGAGAGGCCGCUCUGCAGGGCGAAUGUGACAAGCCCCCACCCCCACCGCUUUCCUCCCUAGUGCGCGAGGAGCGCGGGCGACCCCGGGGCCCCGCAAGGCCACAGACCCCGCCCAGCGGCCAGCACCCGGAGCAGGCCCGGCAGUGGAGCUGCGCGGCGGCACCAUGCUGGUCACCCUGAAGACCCUACAGCAGCAGACCUUCAAGAUCGACAUCGACCCAGACGAGACGGCAAAAUCCUCAAUGAUGAUACUGCUCUAAAAGAAUAUAAAAUUGAUGAGAAAAACUUCGUGGUAGUUAUGGUGACAAAACCCAAAGCAGUGACAACACCAGCACCAGCUACAACUCAGCAAUCAAAUUCUGCCACCACUACCACAGUUAGUUCCUCCACAGCACCAACUGUGGUUCAGGCCCCAACCCCUGCCCCCACUUUGGCUCCCGCUCCCACUCCCACACCUGCAUCUGUCACUCCAGCAUCAACGACAGCGUCUUCUGAACCUGCACCUGCUAGUGCAACGAAACAAGAGAAACCUGCAGAAAAGCCAGCAGAAACACCAGUGGCUGCUAGCCCAACAUCAACUGACAGUACAUCAGGUGAUUCUUCUCGGUCAAACCUUUUUGAAGAUGCAACAAGUGCACUUGUGACAGGUCAGUCUUAUGAGAAUAUGGUAACUGAGAUCAUGUCAAUGGGCUACGAACGAGAGCAAGUAAUUGCAGCCCUGAGAGCCAGUUUCAACAACCCUGACAGAGCAGUGGAGUAUCUUUUAAUGGGAAUUCCCGGAGAUAGAGAAAGUCAGGCUGUGGUUGACCCCCCUCCAGCAGCGAGUACUGGGGCUCCUCAGUCUUCAGUGGCUGCAGCAGCAGCAACUACGACAGCAACGACUACGACAACAAGUUCUGGAGGGCACCCUCUUGAAUUUUUACGGAAUCAGCCUCAGUUUCAACAGAUGAGACAAAUUAUUCAACAGAAUCCUUCCCUGCUUCCAGCAUUGCUACAACAGAUAGGUCGAGAAAAUCCUCAGUUACUGCAGCAAAUUAGCCAACAUCAGGAGCAUUUUAUUCAGAUGUUAAAUGAACCAGUUCAAGAAGCUGGUGGUCAAGGAGGAGGCAGUGGAGGUGGCAGUGGAGGAAUUGCAGAAGCUGGAAGUGGUCAUAUGAACUACAUUCAAGUAACGCCUCAGGAAAAAGAAGCUAUAGAAAGGUUAAAGGCAUUAGGAUUUCCUGAAGGACUUGUGAUACAAGCAUAUUUUGCUUGUGAGAAGAAUGAGAACUUGGCUGCCAAUUUUCUUCUACAGCAAAACUUUGAUGAAGAUUGAAAGGGACUUUUUUUUAUCUCACACUUCACACCAGUGCAUUACACUAACUUUGUUCACUGGAUUGUCUGGGAUGACUUGGGCUCAUAUCCACAAUACUUGGUAUAAGGUAGUAGAUUCUUGGGGGUGGGGAGGGGGGUCUAGGAUACAGGGCAGGGAUAAAUACCGUGCAUGUCUGCUUCAAUUAGCAGAUGCCGCAGAUCCACACAGCGUGUAAAAUAUUAUACAACCAAAAGUCAGCUUUUGCAGGUCUUUAUUUCCUCUAUAAAACAGUAGGUAACUUUUCCUAGGUUUCACUCUUUUUAGUGUACUAGAUCCAGAAAUUUAGUGUAAUGCCCUGCUUUAUAUUUCUUUGACUUAACAGUGGUUUCAGAAAGAAUCUUUGCUACCUAGAAUCUACAGUCCCUGUUUUAUGGCAACACUGGAUAAUGGCUUUGUGAAAUUAAAAAAAAAAAAAAAAAAUUGGAGCAACUGUAAACAGAAAUGCCAAAUUAUUGAUGGUUAUUGUUGCUGCUUCAAAUAAGUAUAAAAUUAAUGUGUAAGAAAGCCCAUUCUUUCAUGAUAAAUACUUGGGGUUGGGGGGGAGAGGGGGGAAUCUUUUCUUAAAAUGAAAAUAAUUACUGCUAUUUUAAAUUUCUUGAUCAUUGAAUGUGAGACCCUUCUAACAUGAUUUGAGAAGCUGUACAAGUAUAGGCAGAGUUAUUUUCCUGUUUACAUUUUUUGGGUUUGUUUUGGGGGGGAAAUUGGUAGGUGUCUAAUUACUGUUUACUUCAUUGUUAUAUUGCAGUAAAAAGUUUUAAAACCACAGUUGCAUGUUUGCUUUUGAUGUAUCCCGUUGUGGAAUUAGCACUUUGGGGCCAAUGGAGAAAUGCAGCAUUCACUAUCCCUGUCUUCCCCUUCCCUCAGCAGAAAUGUGUUUGUCAGCAAGUCAUGAAUUCCAACUGCUGCCUUUUUUAAAACCCACAAAAUGCUGAUUCAGUUCAAAAUUAAUGCAAAUGUCUCAAAACUGGGUUUCUGAUCUUUGUAAAUGUUUUUCCUUAUUAGAUAAGAAUGUAUGACCAUUAAAAUCAUUUAGGAUUAUUUGCUUUCUAAAAGAGAAGGUGGACAGAACUAUAAUCUAGCAUCCUUUAUUGCAUUGGACAGACUGGAGAAAUCUUUUGGAAGGGCUGGGAGAUGCGGCUGGAAAAGUACUUUGGAAAAUAUACAGUCAAGAUAUCUCAUGGCAUAUUAAAAGAAAAAUCUUAAUAGCA